UUUCCAUAAGCUCCUGUUAUUUAAAGGAAAAUGCUGGCAUCUAGAUUGAAAGUUAUGUUCUGCCUUCUGCGCAGGCCCCUGCCUAGAUUCCUGCCUGCCUGUGCCAUGUCUGUGUCUCUGCAGGUCACCCCAGGGCACUGCCUGUAUGAUGAGCCCCUACGGGUGGCUGCUUCUGGCAUAGGACCUGGGCAGGAAGUGACCCUCCAGGCAACAGUGACUGAUGAAGGUGGGGAAACCUUCACUUCUUUAAGUCGUUACCGGGCAGGGAGUGGCGGGGAGUUGGAUCUGUCACAGUGCCCGGCUUUGGAGGGUGGCAGUUUUACUGGGGUAGAGCCUGAGGGACCCCUGUGGGCCCUACAACCGCAGAGCCCAUUCAGGAGGUUUCUCCGGAAGGACGUACAGAGCCCAAUACAGCUCCAGCUUUCUCUGUACCAGGGCCAUGAACCUCUUGGGCCACUACUGGCCACUGCCACCCAGGAGAGGGGAUUCAUUGGAGAAGGAGUGAGUCGGAUACCGGUGCGGGAGGGCAAGGUCCGGGGCAGCCUCUUCUUGCCACCAGGAGAGGGACCAUUUCCUGGUGUUAUUGAAUUACAAGGAACUGGAGGAGGCCUGCUGGAAUACAAGGCUAGCCUUCUGGCUGGUAAAGGAUUUGCCACACUUGCUUUGGCUUACUAUGGCUAUGAAGAUCUUCCCAAGCAAAUGAAAGAUUUUCAUUUAGAAUACUUUGAAGAAGCUGUGAAUUUCAUGUUGAAAAAUCCAAAGGUUAAAGGUCCAGGGAUAGGACUUCUGGGCCAUUCUAAAGGUGGAGAUCUUGUCCUCUCUAUGGCUACUUUCCUAAAGGGCAUAACAGCCACAGCUGUUGUUAAUGGUUCCCUUGCAAAUGUGGGAGCUGAUUUACAUUACAAAGAUAUCAUGCUCCCUGCUAUUGGCUUUGAAGCGAAUAGAAUUACAUUUCCCCAGCCUGGAGUGGCAGAUAUCAGCAAUGUUCUGAACAAUCCUCUCGAAGAACCUAACCGUGCAAGCCUAAUUCCCGUGGGCAGGGCAAACAGCAAGUUCCUCUUUAUUGUGGGGCAAGAGGACAAGAACUUUAAAAGUGAUUUUUAUGCCAAAAUUGCUUGUGACCUAUUGACAGAGCAAGGGAAAGAAAAGCCACAAGUUGUAUGUUACCCUGGAGCUGGUCACUACAUUGAGCCACCUAAUUUUCCACUAUGCAAGGCCUCUAUGCAUAGACUGGUGGGUCUUCCAGUGAUCUGGGGAGGAGAAAUGAAAGCCCAUGCCAUGGCACAAGUUGAUUCUUGGCACCGGAUUCAGGCCUUUCUCCAUGAGCACCUAGAUACACAAGAUAACAUACCCAGCAAGCUGUAACCAAGUAACAUUUGGAUAUCCCAGUUCAUACCCUGAGACUGACAGCCUACUUUUCUGCUCUAGAAAACUACCAUUGGAAAAGGUUGUCUAGUAUGCAAAGGGCAAGCCCCAGACCAGUUUUUGUUGUAUCCGUUCUAUGCAAACCUAUGUCCCCACCUUGAUAUUUUCUUGUGUCAUACUGAUAUAUAUUGAAAUGGUUUAAAUAAAUAUUAAAUAAA